GAGAUGUAGGAGGAGCUUGACGUGGCAAAGAUACCGGACAUGACAUACGAUUUCAUACCGUACACAGGGACUGCCGAGCUCUACCGUGAGCACAAACUCUAGCUCUUGUGUGAGCUUAGACGACUGGGAAUAGUCUGUGCGGGGCUCAGUCAGUGUCCAGACGGACUGUAUCAUCGGACAGUUGCACAGAUGUGGCUGAUCCUGCUCGCUGCGCUGCUUCCGGCAGUGCGCUCUGCAUACGAGUUGGACCCGCAGAAGCUUCAAGGCCUGGCAAAAGCUAAAGUAGAGACGUGUGGAGGAUGACAGCUGAAUCGACUGAGGGAGGUCAAGGCCUUUGUGACCCAGGAUAUCCCUCUUUACCAUAACCUGGAGAUGAAGCACAUCCCUGGGGCCGACCCGGAGCUCGUCCUCCUCAACCACUACUACCAGGAGCUGGAUCGCAUCCCUCUGUCAGAUAUGACCCGGGACGAGAUCACCGCCCUGCUGGACCAGCUGGGUUUCUACAAGAAGGCCCAGGCGGAGGAGGAGGUGCCCGAGGAGUUCCGCUUCUCUCCAGCCAAGGACAGCCCCUUCCCCGAGGAGCAGGCCCCUCCCAGCGAAACCCCAGCCGACGCCCAGCACCCUGACUUAUAAUGGGCUCGGACCCCGUGGCCACAUAACAUCAGCUGCUCUAGGCACUGGGCCACACCACCUUCUUCAUCAUCAUCAUCAUCAUCAUCAUCAGCAUCAGCAUAGUUUUGUCUCAGUCGCCCACAAUGCAUAUACUUCCCAACGUUACUGCUCCUCAUUUGGGAUGUGCAUGAUUUGUUAGUAUGUUUUCUUUCCAUUGUGAGUGUGUGAGAUCGUGGAAAGGUGUGUUUUGUGUGUGUGAUAGUGACAUACAAUCUGUGUGUGUUAAACGUGUGGUCAAAUCUCCCUCAGUUAGCGUGUAGCUAAAGCCCCUCCUGCGCUAGACCUUAAUGAUGCCUCGAGCGUAAAAUCUCCGGAUUGGCUUGAGGCUGAUGAUGCUCGUCUAGGUAGGCGGGAGUUUGGGUACACUUAAAGCUGGGGGAGCCUGUCAAUCAAAAAAGUGGUUAACAUUGUGAAGAACUGUUUUUACGAAAGAUGUGAAAAGAU